GAUGCCUGGGUCAGAGAAGGGAAGGGCCAGUUUAGGCUAGUUAGCAGGCAGUCCUUCAGGGCAGGAUAUUGCAGGUGCUUUUCUGUCACCCAGUGUGUGUUUGUCGAUGGGAGAAAAGCACAUAGUCAGUGCAUCCUCUCAAAGAAGCUGAGAUGGACCUGGAGAUGAGCACCAGGCAGUCUGAAUAGAGAGACUCCAAAAUAUAUUUUUAACAGAGCGAGCAAUGACAACCUGAGCUGUGCAGCCAGGGAGGAUCCUUUUGCAUUUGAAGCUGGGAGCUAAUUUACCAGCAGCAGGGCAAAGGAAUGAACAGGAGCAGCAGCCUAGAUUGAUCCCCCCUGCUUUCAAGAUCCUUGAGAUUCUCCCUUCCAGCACAAGCUGAGGCCUACUGGUAGGAUGCUCGGUCUCCAAGCACCUCCAAGCAGGUGGGGUAGCACAAGGGGGAGCAUUUGCUGGAUGGAAACAUGGCCCUUCUGGAAAGAAAAAUGGGUGUUCAGCAGUUCCCUGCUUCUGAGCAGCUCAAACGGGUGCUAACAAUUGCCUGGAAAAGAACAAAUCAAGAGAUGCAAUAAGACUCUACAUGGUUCGCAAAGGGGGGACCUUCUCUAUCCCCUGCACAGAUUCCACGCUCUUUCUACAUCACCCUGCUGUUAUCCCCAAUGAAGUUCAGUUGAAAUGAGAUGAAAACAUUAAUGCCCAAUUGACUGUAGUCUAAUAGUAUAAUGGCUUACAGAACUGAGUGGCCACUGGAAGGUAUGAGAGUCCUCAGAGUACACAAUUGCCUGCUGGGCUUUAACACUGGCAAAGAAGAUGGCAAGAACGUGAAUCCAUUGGAGCUGCUCGUUCUCCACUACCACUGUUGAUUCUCUUGAUUAUUCUCUGGGGACCCAGAAUAGGAUGGGUGAUGGACUUGUGAAGGGAGGUGCUAGUCUCCAUGGAGCCAACUCUUCCCACCCAGUGGGUGAGGAAUUCCGUCAGGAUAAGGAGGCUGCUGCAGACGUCCCAGAGCUCUAUGCAUCUCAAUUCCAGCCUAGACACCAAGACCAGAGAUGUGGCCUCCGAGUCUGUGGGUCUCUUCUUCAUGCUCUUGAUUGACUUGACAGCUAUUGUUGGCAACGUAGCCAUUAUGACGGUCAUUAUCAAGACACCAGCACUGAGGAAGUUUGUCUUUGUGUUCCACCUUUGCCUGGUGGAUCUCCUAGCUGCUGUCACCCUAAUGCCUCUGGCGAUGCUGUCCAGCUCAGCCUUCUUUGAUGACACUCUCUUUGGAGAUGCCAUAUGCCGUGUUUACCUAUUCUUGAGUGUUUGCUUCAUCACCAUGUGCAUCCUCUCCAUCUCAGCCAUUAAUGUAGAACGUUACUACUAUGUGGUGCACCCCAUGCGCUAUGAGGUAAAGAUGACGGUUGGCCUGGUGGUCUGUGUCCUGGUUGGUGUCUGGAUCAAGGCAGUAGUCAUGUCCAUCAUCCCCAUCCUAGGAUGGCUUUCCCAAGACCACAUCAGAGGCUCCCUACCCUACCAUGGACAGAGCUGCACCUUGCAGUGGAGUCGGAGUGCCUACUGCAAAUUUUUUGUGGUUUUCUUUGCUAUUUUCUAUUUCCUUCUGCCUGUCUUCAUUAUUUUAGUUGUCUAUUGCGGCAUGUUCAAAGUGGCCAGAGUAGCUGCCAUGCACCAUGGCCCACUCCCAACUUGGAUGGAUACUCCACGGCAGCGAUCGGAAUCCCUUAGCAGUAGAUCCACGAUGGUGACUAGCUCAGGAGCCCCUCGGACUACCCCUCAGAGGACGUUUGGGGGUGGGAAGGCUGCCAUCAUCCUCCUAGCAGUGGGAGGGCAGUUUCUCUUCUGCUGGCUGCCAUAUUUCUCCUUUCAUCUCUACUCUGUGCUGAGCUCCCAUUUCCCUGGCCGGCAGACAGAGAAUGUGGUUACUUGGAUUGGCUACUUUUCCUUCACGUCCAACCCUUUCUUCUAUGGGUGCCUCAACCGACAGAUCCGGGGAGAGCUUAGCAAGCACCUCACCUGUUUCUUCAAGCAGCCACCAGAGGAAGACCUCAGGCUGCCAAGUCGGGAAGGCUCCAUUGAGGAGAACUUCUUGCAGUUCCUGCAAGGGACAGGCUGCAAUGCUGAGGCCAGGAACACUCUCACCCACCCUAGCCCUAAAGGGGACCAGCCUACCAUUGAUUUUCGGAUCCCAGGACAAAUUGCAGAAGAGACCUCAGAGUUCCUGGACCAGCACAUGAACAGUGAUAUCACCGUCUCCAACAGCUAUAUCAGGGCAGCACGUUCACCUAAGCCUGAACUGUAGCUGUUUUUGCACUUGACAAUCUACUUUUUUUUUUUUUUUGGUGUGUGAAAGAAUGCAGAACAUAGCAGCUAAUGGGAGGUAUUUAAUAAAUACAACCAUGGCAAUUGGAA